GGCGGCAGCCGGAGCGGAGCGGGCGAGCGAUGCGCGGCGGGGGCGGCUGCCGCCGGCCGCAGGGACAUGAAGGUAUGCGCGGAAUGGCAGCGCCGGGAGCGCCCACCCCCCGCAGCCACCUAGGAGGCGGCGUGUGCAUGCAGCGAGCCGGGGCGGGCGGGCGGACGGCAGCCGGAGCGCAGACAAUUGCGGGAGGAGGAGGAGGAGGAGGAGGAGGACGGCAUGGGGAGGGCCAGCAGUCAGCGCAGCGCGGAGUCGGGGGGAGGAGAAAGGGAUGCUCCCAGCCUCUUUUUUUUUUUUUCUCCUCUCUCCGAGCGGCUGCGCUAACCGCGGCGGUGCCGGUGGCCGCAGCAGCUGCCGUCCUCCAUCUUGCCUGGGAGGGGAACCGGGAGAGGAAGCGCGACCCCGCCCGAGGAACAAGGGCGGCGGGGGUGGGGGGGGGGAGAGGGAGGAAGCUCGGGAAUCUCCGGCUGCGUCCGACGCCGGUCGGGAGGGGGCGGCACCACGGCUGCGCUCCCUGCCGAGACCGCUCUCUAUUGGCUGCGGCCGAGUGGGGGGUGCGGGGUCCAUCCCGGCGGUCGCCGAGAGCCAGGCGGGGUCUGGGGGUUGGAUUAUGUCAUUCUUUUAUUUUUAGCUGCUUUCGGCUUCCCACUUCUCGCGCAACGCCCGCUGCGGCCGCGUGGUUGCGGGCAGGUCGAGCCGAGGGCCGUAGGAGACGGCUGUUAGGGAUCGGACCCACGCGAGGAGAGGGCGCGGGACUGCUCUGUUCCUCCGCUGUGCCUGCUGCUCUCACGGCUCGGACGGGAAUGGGGGACGCGGUUUGGAUGGGGCCCUGGGCAGCCUGGUCCGGUGGGAGGCAGCCCUGUCCACAGCAGGGGGUUGGAGAUUAUCAUCUUUGAGUUAUCUCUAGGAAACAUCAAAGUAUCUUCUAUCAUGGACGAGUCAAAUGAACACAAAGUAAGCAAACAGCCUGUGAUAGAAGGUGCGAUUGGGUGCCUGGUUAAAGCACGUCCUGGUACAGCAGUGGUUCUCAUGUGGCACUACCACAGUAGUUAUCUAAAGGAGAGGUUGGAGGAGGAGUGCUGAAGAAGGCUGUUGAGCACCUUCAGGAACUGAUAAAGCUGAAGAACACUUCUCAAAUGCUUGUAGUAAAUCAUAAGAAACGUUGCUACGUCCGGUUGAAAAUCACAUGGCUUCAAGAAUCAGAUUCCUGAGCCUUUGCUGAGUGUUAAAAGCAAAAGUGACUUCAAGAGAAAGUGGGGCUUUGUUAGUUUAUCGCAGACAGGUGAUGUGGAAGAUGUUUUUCCAAGGUUUGUGUUAAGUUGAGGCUGUACAGCUUGCUGAAAAAGCUUUUGUGCAGCCAGCCUUACCCUGAUUUCUCCUACAGAGAUGAGAUUAGUUUGACUGAAAAGCAUUUUUUAAAUGUUUUUCUUUCAGGCAAUGGGCACAGGAAAGUGUUUCAAAUUAGCAUCCCGCUGGCAGAAGCGGUUGCAACGUGAAUUCCUUUCUAGCCGGCCUAGCAGCAGCCACCAAGCAGAAACCAACUGGAAUAAAUGCUUCUGCUCCUGAGCAAGCUGGAAGCAGACCUGGGAGCAGGAAUUAGAUGAUAUUCUACACCAGCACAGAAUAAACUGUGUGAGAAUGAGAGAAAAUGAGAUCAAUGAAUGAAAAGGGUUAAUAUAAUGAGUAAAGAAAAAAAUGGAUCUCCUGGAAAUUCCUUAAUUCAAGCUCUUAGUUACUUCAGAGCAAGGUGGUACUCAGAAUUAUUUGUUUUCUGAAUUUAAAUUGACUUUUUAUGUGCAACAGUGGAAAUUAAUGGUUUUCGCUGUUGUUGUCGAUUGUCAUCUGAAGUCAGUUGUGCCAUUACUGGCUUUGCAAGACUGUUCUGUCCAUCAGCUAUUUGAAAAGGGGAUGCUGCCCUUUUUUCUUCUCCACCUUGUUGCUCAUCCAGCAAACUGCACAACUGAUUGCCAGUGGCUGCUGAAAAGCCAAGGUCUGUUUGAAAAAUUUUGAAGGUUGUGGGAGGACUGAAGUUUGUCCCUUCCACUAUCAUCUCUACCUGCUGAAAAGCAGAAGAUGCUUCUUUUGUUUACUACAUGGGUGCCCUGAGCCAUGCCUCCCUCUGGAAGAGCCUCUCAUCUAUACAAAACUGAGGGAAUCUGGAACAGUUCCCAGCUCCAAGGAUUUUGUUUUGUGCAUUGAUUGAUAUCAAGUGGUUGCAAUUUACAUUCUUUACCUGCACUAGAGGCCGUCCUCACAGAGAUGCCUUCAACAGCCAAAUGCAUUCAUAACCUUUGCAGUGUUCAAAAGGACUGUCGCAAUAGUUGUGUUCAUGCUUACAUUCAUGAUACAACAUUUACUGAAGAAUAAAUUAAAUUGAUAAAGAUAGGAAAAUGAUAUUCUGGUUGAGUUACUAAACACUUGUAAUUAAGUAUGGAUAUCAUGCACAAGGUAUUAAUAUUGUGACUUUAGGGAAUCGAGUUUCUUAGUCCAGUUUUUCUUGAUAAUCUUAGGCUUAAAACUUCCCAGGAAGGUGAGGGGAGAGUACGAAUUGUCUAUGUGGAGAACAAUGCAUAUGGAAAAGUUGUGUGAGUUUGCAUACAUUGGAAGCUUGGCAUUAGAGAAUAGCCUUGUUCUCCAUCCUCAGCUCCAGCUUUGCUUCUCUCAGUUUUUGUCAGUCUCCAAUUGUUUUUUGCACCAAUUACAGUGAUAAAGUCAGUAGAAGAAGAAUACUCUUAUUAAAUAAAAUAUUUUAAGGGUACUGUGACCUGCUAAACAUCAAUAUUGCUAAGACUGAGAGACUAUUUUUAAUAAAUUGCUUACCAGGAUUUUUUAAAUCUAAAUAAGUUGAAAUAAUCUUUAUUUUGUGAAGGUACACACAUAUAUAUAAAGGCAUUUGAUUUUAUGGAAGUAAAUUGUUCCAAAAGAUUUACACCUGAGAAAGAUAAAAGCUGUAAAAUGUG